AUGCAUCGACAUCGCACCAUGUCGAACAUUGACAAGGAACUGGAUACCAAACCUGAAGAGAAUCACCGAUUCCUUGCCCAGCGAGACAAUUUGCUUGAGAAGAAGAAGGCCAACCCAAAGUGCCGGAUCACCGUUGGCAACAAUGACGUCGUGGAGAAGAUCACUGUGCAGGAGGAAACAGUGACCGGCAUGGAGGCCCCCAAAGUCAAGUGGAUGGAGCUCAGCAAAUACGAGAAACGAUUUGGCAAGGCCGACCCGAGCAAAUUGAGAUCUCACAUGAUCAACGGAAAAUUGUUGUCAGGAGUUGACUACAUUGAGGCAGAAGAUGACGGAGUCUACACCUACAUCGACAAGAACCUUGCGAAGGUGUCUAGAAGUACCUUGAUGAACGACCCUGAUCUGACCUUGUCCGCUGAUCAGAAUGACGCCAUCCAUGGGGUUGCUUUGAAAUCAUUGCAGCAGUCGCGCUUUUCAUGUGAUGCAAGCACAGCAGUUGCAGUGCAAAGUAGGCCUGAAGGGAAAAAGAGGUCUGCAGCUGCAGGCCAAACAACCAUGCAACCAGCCAAAAAGGCGAAGGCUUCCCCGAAGCCAAAGGUGAGGGCCAGCGGAAAGGUCCCUGUGACUUGUGACUCUGCUCCUGGUGAUUGCUUUGGCUUAGAACGUUUGGAUUUAACUUCUGACCAAGGGAAAGAAGAUGCUACGCUCAUUGAAGGCUACAUCAACCAGUUCAAGAAGUUGAAGCACCUCGAUGCACCCGGCUGUGAUGAUCAGGCCUUUGGGCCAUGGAGCAAAUCACGCUUGGCAAAGCUUUCAGACCUUAGGGCUGGCCUCAGGGGGAAGGUGAAAUCAUUGAAACGCCGGACUUCUGACUCGACUGAUCUCAAAGCGUCACUUGACGAGAUUGCAGAGAAGAUCGCUGAUCUACAUGGAUUCAUCAAGAAGUUGGCAGGAAGUGGCACCGAAGGUCGAGAACUCUAUGACGAACUUAGCACCCGAAUUCAGGAUGAUGUGGACUACGAACCCUCAGCUGGAGUCUGGAAGCGCUGUAUCCGUGGCAUUGCGUUUGAGGAUUUGAAGACCGCAAACUUUGAGACUUUCUUCAAUGAGACAUCCACUGCUUGCGAGAAACUCGGUGGACAAGAGGGGGGAAACUUUUUUGAGCUUUUGCAGAGUCAAUUGCUUCAGAGAUUGCUGAAAGCGACAACCACUACGUCUGGGAAGUCUACAGCGUUGAACACUUCAUACCUUCAGAAGUUCAUCGACGCGAUGGUAGCUUUCGGACAUCGAUCCGGACAGGCAGAUGCAGAGGCCUAUGAACUGGCUGCUGCCAUCAAGAUCAUGUUGGAUGCUUCUUCCGCACCAUCCAAAAUCAAUGAUGCGAAGGACCUGGUUGUAGGAUCCAAUCAUUGGAUGUCGAAGGCAUUUGCUUUGGACAAUGGCAAGAAAGUCUUGAAAGCCGCCUCCGAGAACGCAGACCGUCGUUCAGAGGCAGAUGAGCUCUUGGUAUGGAUUGACGAAGCCGGUUCUGCAUUGCGAUCGUCCAUCGAAAAUGUCGAGACUGGCCAUCCGUGCCCAGAGAACUUUGGGAAACAGAUUGUCAAAGCUCAUGAAGUGGUUUCCAGCAAGGGUGCCAAGCAGUUGAAAGGUGUUGACAAGGAGAAGGUCUCCCGUCUUUCAGAUCAGGUUUGCUAUGCUGUCAGACUUGUCAUUGAGACAUCGCUCAAGAAUGAGGUCUUCCCAUACUUGACAAAUAUCCAAACAGCUUUGAAGGAUGACAAGAUGUCAGCAUCGAAAUUGCCAAGCAUGUUCUCCGAGUCUUCGCCGGUGUUCGGUAUCCGAAAGACGGUGUAUGUUGCUGCGGUGGAAGCAUUUGUGAACGCUUGUGGUGGGCUGAGCAACACCCUCAAGAAGUUGGAUCAGCUGUCAGAGUUGGAUGCCGUGGCUUCUCAGUCCAUUUUGCAGCAGUGGCAAAAGGACAGCUAUGGCCUGAUCGCCUUGUUUGACCCCGCCAAAGCCGCGAAAUCUUUCAACAUUGGUGCUGAAGCUGCAUUUUACCAGAAGUUCCAUGACCAGCUUGAGAAUGCGAUCAACCAAACUUCCAGCAUCGUGGAAUCUUGUCUAUCAGGAAAUGUUCAUUCAGAAGCGCACAAGCAGAUCAUUGAGGUCAUCCGCUUCAUGUUAGAGGUCUUGAAGUAUGAGGAAACUGUCAAAGAUGGCAAGAAGGACGACACUUCCAUGAACGUUGACAAGUUUACCGAGCAUUUGGAGACGUGUUGCCGUCUCACAAGUGUGAUGGGAGAUGAAGGGAAGAAAAUCAGGCAUGGAAUGAAAGUUCUUGAGUGCGCAGCAAAGUGCAGUUACAACUUUGCCGCAGCAUCUGCUGAGUCAGAGCGUACUUCUGUGGACAAGUUGGUCGAUGAAGCGGAAAUGGAGGCCAUCAAGAUUUGCUACACGGGCUUCUCCCCAACGAAACGAGAGACUGCCAUCAAAGAUUUGGCUUUCCUAUUCCAGACUGUCAAAGAGACUUUGCCUUCCGAGCUUUCCUCAGUUGAGGCAAACAUUGUGACUCUCUUGGAUGGGAUGGUGAAGAAAUCGAAGGACUGUGUGGUCCGUGUGGCUGCUUCUUUGGACACAGCUUUCAAGGCUGCGCAGAAGCGUGGGGACUUUGAAAUCGAGCUGCCAGACGCGAUCAACGGUGUCUCUGACAUGGUCCAGUUGACUUCGCCUGAGUUCCGCAAGAUUGUGGCGGCAACCUUUCCUACCGCCAAAUCCAGUUUGAUGGUUGAAAUUGCCGUCGGCCUUGAAACCAUUGAGUCUUCCGUUGAAACUAUCCAGAAGGAGAUUGGGAUGCCGGUGGAGGAGAUUGCUCCAUGGAUUGCUGAUUGCAAGACUAUGCGAUGUCGCUUCCUUUCAUGGCUGUUUCUGACUUAG